AUGGCUGCCGCUCAACUAGCUCUUGAUAGGUUGAGUAUAUCAGCAAGACCCGCAGAGCCGUUGCUCGCAUCCCAGUUGAUUGGCGACCAAGACCUUGAUGAGCUGCUCGAGAGCGUGUGCAAUGUUAAUCUUCAGCACCAAAAUGGCGUUGGAGCGAACGUACUACAAACUGGAGUCAAAAGCUUGGACGAUGCUUUCGGUGGUGGCAUACAGAGCGGAAGAGUUGUUGGAGUCAGUGGAGAAGCUGGGGCGGGUGGGAGUGAGAUCUGCUGUACUCUACUUGCGAGCUCUCUCCUUCAAUACGAAAACUCGACGGCUGCUGUAGUUGACACCACUGGCAACUUCGAUGUACUACGACUUUACACCAUGAUCGUCGCUCAAUUGUCACGACGACCAGAUAUCCUUACGUCACUACGUUCUUCACUAAACCAGGGGCCUGAAACCGCGACUGAGGAUCUAGCAGCAAAGAUACUUGACCGUGUCAAGAUUAUGCGUGUUUUCGAUUUCGUGGGUGUGAGAGAAGCCAUUGGUGAGAUCCGGGAUGGGAUCGAAAAGAAGAAGGAUGUUGAACGAGCUUCAAGUACUGAAGAGAAGAAAGCGACUUUAGCCAUUGAGGAGACUGCGCAGGAGGAGCCGUCCGUCGAAAAGGUGCGAGUGAAGCGGACUUAUGUUGCAGACAGCGAAGACGAAGAAGACGACGAAGAGAUGUUAUUCGAUUCAGAUGUUCCCGAUACAGUAGCGCAGCCUGUACAGAACCCAGAGCCAAUCCAGAUUGAGUCUCCAGAAGACACAAAUGCAGAGAUUGUACCGGGACCCACCAAGACCGUGGUGAUCGACAACCUUGCUCAAGUCCUCAACCCUUUGUUGAAGAAAGACUAUAUACAAGGUAUCUACCAUCAAACCCCAGAUCCAGCAUUGACUGACCACUCCCAGCAAACGCAGUAG